UUUGGUGAGUACCCCAGCCCAAAGGGGGGCACAAGGGGGACUUUUAGCUCGAGCAGGGGGAAAGGAAACCUCACAGCCGAAGAAGGGCUGCCCGAGAGAAAAGGGGCGACUCAAGCCAAAAGCCCAAGGGAGGGGCGGCUGAGUCAAAAAUAAACGGCCCAAGCACAGGCAGACUAGGGAGGGGCCAUGGGGAGCAGAAAUAGCAAGUACACCAAAUCUGAAAGGAUUUCCUGCAUGCCUUUGGAGUGUGUGUUGAAGAAUUGGGAAAUUCUCACAGGGGAGAAAAAUGCUCUCAAAAAGAAAGUUUUGAAGUGUCUUUGUAUAGAAGUGUGGCCAAGUUAUCCGCUUGGCGAUGGCGCCACCUGGUGGCCAUCUACAGGAAGUGUUAUCAAUCUUUAAUUUUGGAAUUAUUGAUAUAUUGCUCAAAAACGGGAAAAUAUGAAGAACACCGCUAUGCUCAGCCAUUCAUGGAAUUAUGGUGCAGACCUCUGUUAGCUAUAAACUGUGGGCUAAUGCCCGCAGGGAAUUCUUCUGGACUAUUUCCCUUGCAGUCUUGCCCUUCCACUCCCCUCAUUCCUUCCGCUCCCACCCCUCCUCCACCCUUUCCCAGGCCCUAUGAAUAUCCAGAAGAUGAUUGGGUUCAACCUAUUUACCCAUCUCCACCCCCACCACAACCUCAGGUUAUUCCCCAGCCUCAGUUGCAUCCAAUUCCCAAUGUGCCUGAUGUACAGAGAGCACCCUCUCCAGGAAGGGGGGCGGGCAUAGGUUUGGUUGACUUGGGAACAACACCAUUGCAGCGUUUAAGGAAAGAUUUGGAAGCCUUGGAUUUAGCUAUUGUGCCUAGUAACAGCGGUACCGUCUCCCUUACAAACCCCAAAACCAGCCCCGUUGCCUGGCAUACUAGGAGUAAAAGCAGCAGCAGGGUCCCAAUUUUGGCUCCAUUGAGGGAGACUUUAACUGCCACAGGGGAACAAACAUUAGUCCAUGUUCCCUUUUCAUCUGCGGAUUUAAUGAACUGGAAGUUGCAAACCAAAUCACUUAGAGAAGACCUGGUAGCCUGCUCUAGUCUCUUUGAGUCUGUGUUUGCUACUCACAAACCUAUAUGGGCCGAUGUCCAGCAAAUGGCCGGUUCCUUGCUUACAGCGGAGGAACGACGCCUCCUUUUGCAAAAAGCUACCCAGUUGGCUGCCAACAUGGGCGCCCGUCAGACACCAGUAGCCACAACAGCAGAUCUAUAUCCUUUGCAGGAUCCUAACUGGGAUCCAAAUACUGAUGCUGGGCGUGCCGCUUUGGACACUUUCUGCCAGCUCUUUCUAGAGGCUCUCAACACUUGUGUGCCUAGACAUACAAAUCGGAACAGACUUCAUCAGACCUUUCAGGGUCCAAAUGAAUCGCCAGGAGACUUUCUGGAAAGGCUUGAAAAAUGCCUUUGCCAGUUCACGUCCCUGGACCUUAAAUCUCCAGAAGCAGAACAUAUUUUGAGAGCAGCAUUUUUAGCUCAGAGUGCCCAGGACAUUAGAAAAAGGCUGAAUAAGUUAGAUGCACCUUUAACCAUGGCCCUCGACUCUUUAGUGGAAGCAGCCUACCGCGUCUAUACACAGAGAGCGAACCCAGACCCAGAGUCAGAGAGGGAGAAGGAAAAAGAGAAGGAAGAGGAAAGGGAGAAGGAAAAGGAGAAGAAGGAGUCAGAGAAGGAGAAAGAGAGAGAGAGAGAGAGAACUGGAGGGAGUAAACCACAUAUCUUAUAUGCUGGUAGAUGAAGCGGGGCCCAGCAGGGGCCGGGAAGAGCAUCCCCUUGACAGGGAUCUCCAUAUUGUUACCAUUGCGGAAACCCAAACCAUUGGGUCCGGAACUGUCCGACCCGGUUUCAAGGGCCGCAGUCAGUGCCAUUUCCACAGCAAAUGCCCUAUUGGCAGACAGCCUCUGCUGUUCAGCCUCAGCAUUUUCAGCCACAGCCGCAGCAGCAUUUUCAACAACCACAGCAAUUCCAACAGUUCCAAUCCCAACAGCACAGCCAGCAACAGCACUACCAGCCUAGUCCCCAGGGCACCUUUCAACAAAGGAGCUCCAGAUAGGACAGGCCGGAGGAAACAGCUGUAUUGGCUACUUGCCGAACACUUUCACUCACAGAACCCCUGGUGGCCUGCAAAGUGGGCUCUGGAGCGAAUGCUCAGACUGUUUCAAUGUUAGUAGAUUCUGGUGCCACUCAUUCAGUCUUAAUCACUCCAAAAGGGGCUACCCCAAGCAGCCGUUCCACCUUUGUGGAAGGAGCCACGGGUGCUUCAGCAAAACAUCACUUUUUGGAAGCCAUACCCUUUGAGUGCGCAUGGUCGCAAGGACAACAUUCCUUCCUGCACAUGCCUCAGUGCCCUGUGAAUUUAUUGGGCAGAGAUUUAUUGUGUGCCAUGCGGGCAACCUUAUCUUUCACCCCGGACCAAAUCAUUAUGGAAAUUCCUGAUUCAGAAACCUGGGCAGUUCAAGCUAGAGUGAUGGGUCUUUUUCCACCCAUGCUUGCACCAUUGAUUGAUUUACAAGUACCAGAGACAGUGUGGGCCAAGGAGGGAGUGCCAGGCAAAGCAAAGUAUGCCCAACCAGUGACAAUCCGAUUGAAACCAAACACCCAGCCUGUUGCAAUACCACAGUAUCCCUUAAGGAAGGGAGGCGCAGAAGGAUUGUUGAUGUUUGUUGAUUGUUGAUGAUUGUUGAUGAUUGUUGAUGAACCAAUUGUUGAUGCCUUUAUAGCCAAUGGAAUCUUAGUUCCUAGCCAAAGUGCCUGGAAUUCCCCAAUCAUUGCAAUUCCAAAAUCAGACGGUAGAUGGUGCCUGGUACAAGACCUAAGGGCAGUAAAUGCCUGUGUGGAACCCCUACACACAAUUUUGCCAAAUCCACACACUUUAAUGACAGCUGUGCCACCACAAAUGACUACUUUUACUGUUCUGGACUUGAAGGAUGCUUUUUUUUUUUUUGCAUACCUUUAGCGCCAGAAUAACAACCAAUAUUUGCAUUAGAAAGGCACGACCCGAUAACACAUGUAAAAGUCAGGCUCCAAUGGUCUAGGCUCCCUCAGGGCUUUAAUUCGGCUCCUCACUUAUUUAGCGGUGCGUUGAGGGAGGAAUUGGGCAGGUGGACACCCCCUGAGGGCGAGGAGGGAAAAGAUUUUGUGUUGCUGCAGUUUCUAGACGAUUUGUUCCUAGCUACAACCACAAAGGAGCUCAAUUUGAUCCUUACCACUUCACUUUUGCUCCAUCUAGCGGAUGCAGGCUUCCAUCCAUCAAAAGCUAAAGCACAGGUGGCCUUGCCACAGGUUAAGUAGAUGGGACUCUUACUCAGCCAAGGACAGAAGUCUCUUUUGCCAGAGCGAAAAGAGGCCAUUUGCAGAAUAGCCCCACCCUCCAAUCGCCGCCAGUUAUGUUCCUUUAUUGGAAUAGCUAAUUUUUGCCGCCAAUGGAUUCAUGGGUUUGCAGCUUUAGCCCAACCUCUGUAUGAUGCACUUUCUGGAGGAGAAAAUGACAGCUUUACAUGGUCAGCAGACUGCCCGUCUGCUUUCAUGAAGAUAAAGGCAGCUCUUGCGAGUGCUCCAGCACUUGGACUGCCAGACUACAACAAGGUUUUCUACUUAUUUGCUUCUGAGAGUCAGGGAACAGCAUCUGGGAUACUUACACAAACCCUGGGCAAGGAUCAUCGCCCAAUUGCAUAUUUUUCUUCCAAACUUGAUGGCGUGGCCCAAGGUUGGCCUUCUUGCUUGAGGGCCCUGGCCGCAGCAGCUGUCAUUUGGGAAGAAGCUUUGAAAUUCACCCUAGGUUCCAAGACUAAACUGUAUGUUCCACACUCAGUUCUUACAUUGUUGGAGAACAGAGCAAACCAAUGGCUGACACCUGCACGCAUGGCUAAGUACCAAGCUAUUUUUAUCAAGUCUCCAGAACUUUCCAUUCAUCACUGCACUGCAUUAAAUCCAGCUACCCUUUUACCGCAAAACAUGUCAGAACCAGACCCUCCUUUGCAUGAUUGUCAGCAAUUUCUGGACUAUCAUUGCUCAGCCAGGCCAGACCUGACUGAUAUUCCACUAUCAGAUGCAGAUCUCACAUUUUAUACAGAUGGGAGCAGUUUUAUGGACAAUGGGGUCAGGAGGGCUGGUUACGCCGUGGUUACCAUACAUGCUACAGUGGAAGCUAACUCAUUACCCCCUGGGACCUCAGCUCAGUUGGCAGAACUGAUCGCCUUGACUAGAGCUUUGCAGUUAGCCCAGGACCAGAAGGUCAAUAUCUUCACUGAUUCAAAAUAUUCCUUCUCGGUAGUACAUGCGCACACCACCAUCUGGCGGGAGAGAGGGUUAAUUACCACUGAUGGGUCACCAAUAAAGCAUGGUGGCCAGAUUUUGGGACUUCUAGAUGCUAUACUUUUACCAAGCAAGGUUGCAGUUAUGCAUUGUCCAGGGCAUCAGAGAAAGGACACUGAGAUUGCCCAAGGCAAUACCAGAGCAGAUCACACAGCCAAAACAGCAGCUCUGCUGCCACCCCCACCCACAGUAACCAUGUUACCACUUAUUCCAGCUUUCCCCUUACUUCAGCCUCAAGAUCACCCUUUCCCAAUGACAGGAGAGGACGUGUCUACUUUAAAUAACCUUUUGCAAAACCCUGAAUGGACUCAAACUGAGAAUGGAGCUGUCCAUACUUCAGGCCAACAGUUCUUUUCAUAUGGCACCACCAUGGCCUUAGUUAAGCAAGCCCAUCUGACUACACACUUGGGAAGGGACAGACUAUAUGAGCUCUUGGUCACAUAUUUUUACCACCCUCAGUUAAGAGCAAUGGUAACCACCACUGUCAACGCAUGUGUGGUUUGCAUUAAGAACAAUCCAGCUCCACCAAGGAGAGCAAGACCACGCGGUCUGCUCAGAACAGGAACAGCCCCAGGUGACUCUUGGCAAUUAGACUUCACUGACAUGCCUAGAGCUGGAAUGUAGAAAUAUCUAUUAUUGUUUAUUGACAAUUUCACUGGGCGGUCAGAGGGAUUUGCUUGUAAGACAAACAAGACAAAGGAAGUCACCAAGAGACUUCUACAAGACAUUAUACCAAGAUUUUCACUUCCUAGGCAUUUGGAUUCGGACCAAGGGCCAUAUUUUACCUCUACAGUCAUGCAGGAGGUGGCCACAGCCUUAGGAAUUAGCUACCACCUACAUAUGGCCUGGCACCCCACGUCCUCCGGGAGAGUAGAGGCCUCAAAUUGGAUCUUGAAGACACACCUGAGGAAGAUAUGUCAAGAACUAUCGCUGAAAUGGCCAGACGCCUUGCCUCUGGCCCUUUUUCGCAUGUGCAUCACACCGAGGGGGCGUAGUGGGCUCUCACCAUUUGAAGCUCUGUAUGGGAGAGUGUGUUCUCUAAAUCCUCUAUCUGCUGAUGUAUCUGACUUACAUGUCAGGGGAGAAGAAUUGCUGAAACAACAUGUAGUUGGCAUUGCGGCUGCCUCGUCUUCUCUUUCUUCUCAUUUACAGGCAACACAACGGCCGCCACUAGAGGGACCACAACACCCUUUCCAGCCAGGCGAUCAGGUGUACCUUGAGAAAUGGCAGAAGCCUAACCUCGAGCCACGGUGGACGGGCCUGUUUACAGUGCUCCUAGUGACCCAAACUGCAGUUCGUCUCUCUGGAUCAAGGACUUGGACCCAUCAUACCCGAGUGAGAUUCGCGCCUAUCCCAGCAGAGGAACCAGAAGACAACAACAACUGGGCGGUGACCAAGCAUGGAGACCUGAGACUCACUUUAUGCAAACAGCCACCACCAAAACUCCCACCAGAGCCUCUUUCCCUUGAAGAUACUCUGGCAGUGUGGGAAGCAAUGGAUGAAGGACACUUUUAAUUUUCUCAAAUAUUUUUCCUGCAAAGAACAAUAUUUUUUCUCCUCUUCUUUUAAUUUUUCCUGUACUAAGGGAGGAUGUAUCUCUUUUGGUGUUUGUCAUGUUAUUUCUUGUGUACAUGGUCAAUUCAACACCCACAUGCUCCACUUUUACAGACUUUAGCUGACAUUGCCAACUUAAAUGACUGCUGGCUAUGCAGUCACAUGGCAAGCACAGAAGGGGAUAUUUUAAAUGUAGUGGCCAUUCCAGUCACACUUGGCUGGUGGAUUACUUAUCCACAAACCACAGAACAGCCCCAUUAUUUUUCAAAUUACACUACAUAUUGGUCUUGGGGAAAACACAGCGAAACAAUUCACUUCCAAGGGAAAAGUAUUAGCUUUAAUCGCUAUGGUUACAUUCAACGGGAAACUCUCAACAGGAAUGCCCUUGGUAUCCCGGAUAUUAAGCUUUCAAGCCACGGCUUGCAUCCUAUCUGCACUGAAAAUAGAAAUGGUACAGCGAAGUUUUUGGGAGUGAAUCCCUACCACAGCUGUACACACAGAGUGUCCUUUAACAGCACGGACAGAACAUGGUUCUCUCAACACAGAGAGAACAAACUAGAAUGUUUUCAUAUUCCUUUUGAUUUAGCAAUACCUACUUCUCUUAGAGAAUUUCUUUUUCUUAACUUCACAAACUCAGAGUGGAUCACUGUUUCAAAGGCCCUGAAGCUUUAUCAUUCUUCCAUAUAUCUUACAAAAGGUUUUGGCCUUUGUCAACAGGCAAACCAGACUGAUCAUGUUUGUGAAGGCUCCAGUUUUAACACGCACACGCCUUGGUAUGACAUCUGGGUAACAAUUGCAUGUGCUUUUCCAGAGGGAGUAUCAAAAACAUGGAAGCAAUUUUUGGGCCACACAGGUAAAGACAUUGUGGAUUUGUGUAGCCAUGAUGUCAAUCUACCACGUUCAGGAAACAACUUAAUUGUUGCCUUACCAGCAGGCCUUUAUUGGGUCUGUGGGAACAGAGCCUAUCGUGCAUUACCCCCAGGAUGGACAGGCAGAUGUGCACCAGCCCAUUUAGCACCUACCAUUUAUGUGAAACCUACACUUAAUGCACCACAAGUUCUUAAUCUUGGAAGCUUGUUACACAGAACACGAAGAUAUGCCAAAAUCAAUUAUGUUCCAAACCCCUUAGCUACAUGAAACACUAAGUUCCAUCAAUGGGCAAGGACUAUACUACCUAGAUUAGGAGUCAAUCAACUAGAAAAAGCUAUCAUUAAUAUUUCCAGACAAAUCGAACUCUCAUUUAACCAGACACUGUUAGCCUUAACUGAUAUGGGCACAGAGAUAAAUUCAUUAGGAGAAGUAGUUAUGCAGAAUCGUAGAACUUUAGAUAUUCUCACAGCUCAAGAAGGCGGAGCUUGCGCAGUCCUAGGUGAAGUCUGCUGUUUUUAUGUCAAUGAGACUGGAUCCAUUGCUGAUCAUGUUCAAAAUCUUAAAGAUCAAAUAUGGCAUAACAUGGGAAAGGAAAACCCUAUGGAUAUAUGGGCAUGGCUCACUUCUUGGUUACCCAAUUGGGGACUGUGGGUACAGAAGAUAAUCAUAAUCAUAGUAUGUAUUUGUCUUUUAUUGAUAAUCACAUGUUGUUGCUUGCAAUGCAUUCCAACUUUAAUCCAAAUGUUUAUGAAAGCUUUUAGACCCCACCACAGUUUGGGACCUAAAUACACAUCCGUACCCUUACAAGCAUUGAUGAGAGCAUCCUGAAGCACCCUGAAGAUCCAGGGUGAUGCAUUAUUUCAAGGGGGGAAUUGAUGUGUUUUAGUAAGCCAAAGCAACUCCAUUUUGCUCAGUAAACCAAAGAAAUUCCUUUUUGCUUAGAAAGCUAAAAAGCUCUAACUUAGAGUAACCUCAGCUGCUCAGCCCAGGGACAUUCUCUGCAACAUUGUCUUUAACAAUAGUCGUCAUUACCUCUCUCUCUAGCUAAGCAAAGUAACAAUUAUAGUAGCAAUUGAAAUGCUAAUGAAACAGGCGCUUGGUUCCCAGGAGAGAGAAGAUCACCUGAUGCACAGUAGUGUUAAGUUACGCAUGCGUAUUAGAAAGGAUUAGGUCAUCGGUUUGGGAUGUGUAUUGGGGGCCGGGAACUUCUCAGCGUUCAUUUUGUGGGAUGUAUAAAAGUGUAUUUCUAACUGUGCUCUGGGUAUUCAAUGUGAUGCGUGAGCUCCAUUGUCUACCUUGCUAUCGCGAUGCAAUAAAGCCUUUGAUUGAU